AAUGACCGCUCCCGAAACCAGGAAGUGAUCACGUCGAAAGGAGGUCAAGCGGACUUACAAUGUUAAUUUAUAUCAGUAUGUAUGCUGGUGUAGAUAUCUAAAUAGGUCAUUGACCAGCAAUGUUCUGUGUCCCAUGUACAUGAUCAGCCUAAAGGGAGACAACAGAUGAAAUCUAAUAUGAUAAAUCAUUGCUGACCACUAAAAACACAUCAUGGUUGACAGAUCAACAAGGUGUAUCAGUGAAUUAUUUGGCUUUCUCAAGGAAGUUGAGCAUUGUGAAAAUUGUGACCCAAAUAGGUCUUCAGAAUUCAGAGUGCAGAAUGAAGAUAUUGUCUCCACAUCAAAGUUCAUUAAAAAGUCGGUUAGUGACACCAAGUUGCUUCAGUCUCAAGCACAGAGCCAGCCUCAGAUUGUAAGGAAAUGUAUCUGUAAUUUGAGGCAAGAGAAUGCUUUGGCAGCAAAAGGUAACACUGUUUCUGAAAAUUCUACAAUAGAAAAUGGAACCAUGGAUAACCAUGAAACACAAACUGUCAGUAUUAAAGGAGAGAAAAGUGUUUCCAUUGAUCCUGGUAAAAGUGAUGUGGCAAAACCUGUAGUCAGUUCUCGUCAACAGGGGGAGGUAACUUCAACAUCAGGGAUGGAAGAUGUCAAUGUCGACAAACAGAAAACAGAUGUUUCCGACUCUGGUAGUCAUGGUAACACUGUAAAUGGGAUACAUGAAUUUUCCGAAGAAGAGGAAGUCUCUAUGAGACCAAAGUUGGCGUCACAGGAACCAAGUCGAACAAAUACACAAGUAGUGUCUGAUGUGUUUAGUUUUCUCCGCACAGAGUCCGAUACAGGUGAUGAAGGCACUCGUGUACAAGAUCACAUUGAAAAAUUGAGUGAAAUGGUCAAGAAAGAGGAUUUGAUGAAAACUUCAUCAUGUUCAUCAGCAGAAAAUACUGAUAGUGCAUGUUGUGCAAGUGUUGAAGUGAACACAUCAGACGUUGCAAGUGCAAAUGAUGCAGACAAGACAAAUAGUGAUGUUGCAAAGAUUCAUCUAGAUGGAGAAAAAACAAAUGUGAGUAUUGAUGGCGGGAAAGGAGUGACAUGUGAAAAUAUUUCAUCUUUUGAAGUUGAUUGUCUGAAAGGGGCAGUACCCAAUGGCAGCGAAUCAGAAAAUGUGACCAAAAUUUUAAAAGAUGAAACAGCUGUGAGAGAAAAUGGUUGUGAACACUUAAGUGAGGUUGUCAAAGACGAGAAUCGCAAUACUUGUGAAGACACUGAGGGGAAUGUAUUUGAUGAUUCUAAUGUUAGUGACACUGUAGCAAGAACUGACGCAGGGGCAAGUGCUGAUGGUUCCAAGGAUGUAGCUCGGUCUGACAAGAUAGCUACAGGGGGUAAUGAGGAUGUUGUUUUACGAAGACGCCAGUCCAGUAAAAAGUCAGAAGGAGAUUAUCACUCGGAUGAUUCAUCAGAUGAAGAUACAGGAAUCUAUGCUGAAAGUUUCCGCAACUCCAAGUGGAUACGAAUUGAUGAAGAUGAAGAGAUGGGUGACAUGAAGUUUGCAACAUUGCCUGCCCCGCGGAAGAAGUUGGUGAAAGGGGUGGUUGAUGGCAGGUCAGCCAGUGCGUCAGAUGAUGUCUUCACUGAGAGCCAUGGGUCUCCACCAUUGGUGAGGUCACACAAGAGGUCGGACUCCUCGACAACGACCUUGUCAGAGUCGGAGUUCAAGCGCCAGUACACGUCGCGGAGAAAGUGCCUGAUCCAGCGUGACGACAGCCAGCAGGAAUACCACCGCUUGUCUCACCGCUUCUAUGAUCAGGAGAAAGUGGUCAUAAUAGAAAAACAGGAUUCAGAGAGCGGACAAGAUUUUGGGCUCCACAUCCUGGAUUGUCAGCCAGCCUACAUCACAUCCAUCGACCCAGGAAGCCCAGCAGAAAGGUCAGGGGUUAAGGAGGGUCAGAUUCUUAUCUCCGUCAAUGGUGUCAACGUCCUUGAGGCCUCGCACGAUGAGAUCGUCAAACUCAUGCAACAAAACCCGGCCAUCAUCAAGCUGGAGGUGGCCUACAGUGACUUCCAACCUGUCAGGGACCUGCAGGCCAGCGUCAUGUCCGGCUGUAUGUACAAGCUGGGCAACUCCGCUCUCAUGAAGACGUGGAAGAAACGAUUCUUUGUACUACGUCAAGACAACUGUCUUUACUAUUACAAAAACGAGCAGGAGCAGAUUCCCCUGGGUGCCGUACCCCUGGCAGGUUACAGCAUCUCUCGCUACAUCGACACCAACAAGGACUUCUGCUUCAAGGCCGACAAGUAUGGUGCCCGGUCCUACUACUUCAUGACCGACAGCAGAGAUGAAAUGACUCAAUGGGUGGGAAAGAUGACUGAGGCGUCUGCAAGGUCGAAGAAACGGAAGGACUCGUGGCUUGAUGUGAGCAGCCACAACGUGGGUCUGCCUGCCCUGGAGAUCCGGCGCCCAGAGUCCACUGGCUACCUGACCAAGAUGGGGAGACAGAGGAAGGUGUGGAAGAAGCGCUACUGUGUGUUGAAGGAUGCCUGCAUCUACUACUAUAAACUCAUGUCCUCCCAUAGUGCACAGGGGGUGGCUCAUCUCCAUGGUUACACAGUAGACGUGAACGGCCUUCCUGGGCGGCGCCACAGCUUUGUGCUCAAACCACCGGAACAAGGAAUGAGAACCUUUUACUUCUGUGCUGAGAAUGAGACAGACAAAGCACGGUGGGUGGAUUCCAUGAAGCGUUCCAUCCAGCGCUGGGUGAAGGUGGACACCAAAUAACCAUACGUAGCCUUCAGGAGUAGACACCAGAGUCACUCAAGCAUUGAUGAUGUCACUGAAGUGAGCCCUGCUCCCUAUAAAGAUAUCUGAUCCUCCACAGUAGCCUUCAGGAUGUAGAAACCAGAAUCACAGAAGGAUUGAUGAUGUGACUGAAGUCGGCCGUGCACUGCACAACCCAUGU